AUGGGUUACAAAUGGCCCCUCCAUUGGUUUAUGGUGGUUGUCCCAGUUGCUGAUUACUUUUCUUUUCUUCUUUUUGGUUUUUAUGCAGUAAUCAUAGAUACAGGACUUAUCCUGUCUCAGUACUGCACUGCAAUCACCCCAGGACAUCUUGUCCAUCUCGUCCAAAGAUUGGUUACAAUCAUUACUGAAGUCUGCACUGGCAGUAGCACUUUCCAUUAUCUGAAACAAAUCCUAGUGUUUUGGUGCUUGUUCAGAAGGUUUGAAAUGGCUGUUUCUUUGUGGAGAAGUCGCACUGCUACAUCAACACUGAACUUGUUUACCAAUACUCUUCGUCGAUUCUCUUCUGAGGUAACAAACACUAGUACUCAAAGAACACGAGAGAGUAUGAUGAGUCAAAUGAUAUAUUCUGACAUAAACUCACGAAUUGGGAGUUGCAUGCCACUGUCUGCAAUGCGAAUUGGAACAAUCAUUCACAACAUUGAGUUGAACCCAGGCCAAGGUGGCAAGCUUGUCCGAGCCGCCGGAACUAGUGCAAAGAUCUUGAAAGAGCCCUCAUCAGCAUACUGUUUAAUCCAACUGCCCUCGGGUGUUAAAAAGUUGAUUGAUUCUAGGUGUCGGGCCACCGUUGGUGUGGUGUCUAAUCCAAGCCAUGGGGAUCGCAAGCUUAGGAAGGCAGGACACAGCCGAUGGCUUGGUAGAAGACCUGUUGUUCGAGGAGUGGCAAUGAAUCCCGUAGAUCAUCCUCACGGUGGAGGAGAGGGUAAGAGCAAGAGUAGUGGAAAAUGGGGGCAAGGAUCUCGCACUCCUUGGGGCAAGCCAACUAAGAGUGGCUACAAAACUGGACCCCUUAAGCGCAGAAGGUAG